AUGGCCAACACAGCUUCCACGAGGCCUCGUUAUUUUGGGCCACUGGAGGGCCUCUCGCCAGAAGCACGUUCCGAACAGGAGCGGAGCGAACUACGGGAAGUGGCUCGCUGGAAGCACCGAUGCGUCAGGAUAGACGCCAUCAGACCAGACCGAACCACCACCGAAGCCCAGGACAUUCGCCGGUUGAGUAAACCGUUGGUACACCUGGAACGUGAGCAAGCAGACAAGGCAAUCCGCUUCCAGGUGGCCAAUGCGUCAGUCUACCGACGAGAGGCCGCCCGCUCUCGCGAUUUGAUUCUGCAGCUACUGGAUUCGUCGGACGAGUACGAUCGCAAAAUUAGGUCAGCCAGAACUGAUAUCGAUGAGUUACGGUCCCAAAUCAGGCGUGCUAACGAUGAGCUAGCGAAGGUUCUCAAAGCCUAUCCGUCCGAUUUUGUACAUGCCGAAUCGCUGGACCGUUCGCGCCGGGAACUGGCGGCUCUGGAGAGUCGUCUGCAUCACGUGCGCACGCAGGAGGGCAAAACCCACGCCGCGAACCGGAAGCUUCGCGGUGACAUCGAGAGUAUGCUGGAGGAACGCAAACGAUACCAGCAGCAGUGGCUGAACUACGUACAGCAACUGGACCGAAACCGCAAAUUUCUUAUCGACAUGAUCGAACGCGCCACGCUCGCGUUCAACCAGAGUGAAGACCUCUGCUACCGGAUUGAAUCGCUAAAGACGCUGCAAGAUCGGGAACAUCGGUUGAACGUGAACGAAAUGAUCGAAACCGAGCGUCACAUCGUCGGAACACGGCACGUCAACGAGUUCCUGCGGGUGAAACAAUCCACAAGACUGGUAGCGGAACUGGAUCCAGCUGUGGUUCGCAAACGCAAUCGCUUCAAGGACGAACACCAGGAUCAGAUCGUUCGAUACGGCACGGUCAUUGACGACACGAAGCAGUUCCUCCAACUGGAGACCAUGCGGGAAGUGCUCGGAGAAAUCGAGAAGCAGCAGGACCAGUACAUGGCGCUGUUCAGAUAUAACAACGAAACGGAUGCCUGGAUCGCGGAAGCGAGUGAAAUGGCCCGCGAACUGGAGCAAAACAGCGAGCGUAUGUACGAAACCGAGCGCCGGAAACGGGUUUCCGAGGAGCGGAAGACAAAGGUUAAGGAAGAGGGGUUACAAAGGGCCCAGGAGAAAACUGCUCGGCUGCGUGACGAACUGGCUAGCGAGGAAUCAGCGCUGGAGCUAAAACUGGAAGCGGUCGAACAAGCCCUCUCGAUGCUGGGAUACGAUCGUGCCAAGACCGUACAGCUGAUGGGUGGCACGAAGAGUUUCGAUCGUGCCAAACUCACGGAGGAUGGACUACGAAGGGCUCUGGCAACUAUCGAACGCCGUAUGAUGGAACUAGUUGAACUAAGUACCGCUGGCCCACCAAUCGAAGAGGACAAGCCCAUAAGCACACUGUACGAGCGGCAGCAGUGCGCCGAAUGUGCUGAGGGUCAAGACGUCAAUCAGCACGACGAACACAUCGUCCUUCCCACGGAGUACGAAAGGAUGGUGGCGAAUGUGCGCGAACGAAUGGCCGCACCGGAGACCCAGUACCGCCUGCACACGCUCAGCCAGUGUAAGCUGCCCCGUUCACGGAUGCUUGUCAACAAACGGUACCAGUAG